AUGGCUUUGAAAAAGGAUACUUCUCCUACCUUACCUAAACUGGACAAUAGAUGCUCCGAGGAGAAUUUGUUUACAUCUACUAACAAGUGUGAGGAGAUUCAUUUGCCACGGUUUUCAUUAAAGCAAGGGAUGAUCCCAACGUAUUAUGUUAUGCCUUGGAAAGAGAACAUGAAAUUCAGAAAUGUGAACCUGAAGCAAGCUAAAGCAUGUGGGAUUCAUACGGGCCCUCUAGAAGAUUCUCUGUUCUGGGGUCACAGCGAACGUCUUUGCCAUGGGGAAAAUCGUAAAGUUGUCCUGAACAAAGUCCCGCCAGAAGUAAAGAUUGCAGACAUGCCUUUGCAUUCGCCUCUCUCCAGAUUCCAGAGCACUGUGAUUUCCCACGGCUUCAGGAGGCGGCUUGUCUGA